UCAGUUCCACUCAGCUGAGCUCCCAUCUCCUCUCAACAUGUCCUCUAGCUGCUGCUCUGGAAACUUCUCCUCCUGUUCUCUUGGGGGCUCCCUGCGCUUCCCAAGCUCCUGUGGCUCUUCAUACCCCAGCAACCUGGUCUACAGCCCUGACCUGUGCUAUCCCAGCACCUGCCAGCUGGGCUCCUCUCUCUACAGGGGCAGUCAGGAGACCUGCUGUGAGCCCACCAGCUGCCAGACAUCCUGUGUGGUGUCCAGCCCCUGCCAGCCUUCCUGCUAUGGCCAGAGGACAUCCACACUCUGCAGUCCCUGCCAGAGGACCUAUGCUGGAUCACUGGGCUUUGGUUCCAGCAGCUGCCACUCCCUGGGCUAUGGAUCUAGAAGCUGCUACUCAUUGGGCUGUGGAUCCAGUGGCUUCAGAUCCCUGAAUUAUGGUGUCUCUGGCUUCCCGUUCCAGGGUUUCAGAUCCAGUUUCUGCAACCCAGUUUAUUUUCCUUCUAGGGUUUUCCAUUCAUCUUGUUACCAGCCAUUAUAUAGACGGGGCUUCUAAUCAUUAACCUCUUGAUUGGUCAAAUCCAUUUAGGAAAUGCAAAUUAUAUAAUAAAUUCAUUUAUUAAUUUCUUCUCUGAGAAGCAUUCUGAUAUUCUUAAUUAUGACCUUCCUAUUAUUUUUUACCCUCAGAUAUUGGCUGGUACAUUGACUGUCAAAUUAUAAAAUUAAUAAAUAAUCCAAAUUGUAUUGUUGCUAGAAAUGAUAGCUUUUGCAUUUCCCUCUAAAAUAGCUGAAUAAUUUUAUUUUAAUAAACUCUUUAUUAUAUCGUUCAA